AUGCUAAAACAAGAUAAAGAUGAUAUGAUUCACACGGCCUGCUCCAUUCAUUGUACCCAGCUACAGGCACUCAAACAAAAGUCGUGUAAGAAGGCGGGAACUAGUCUGCCAUCGCCCCACUUUAGGCCGGUCCAAGUGACGCCCGGCAGUGGUUGGAUCUUCACGAGCCUGUUGGCCGAGGCGGCGCUACCGAGUCACUUCUUCUGCAACCCCCUCGAAGACCGGUUCAUCUGGUGGCCGUCGCCGGGGCUCCUGUUCUCGCGAGCCGUCGGUCUGGCCGAGCCGUGUCUGACGGAGGCACUGGCCGGUCUGCUGGCCGAUCCGGCGCAUGCAGAUGACCUGCCUCGGUUGGAUACCGGCCUGUUGUCUCGCGAAGAGGUGACCUGUUGCGUUGCGCUGGGCAACCUGGUCUCGGAGGUGAGUGAUCUCGACCGAGUGGUACCGCCGGGCGGCGUCGGCGAUUGGACUCACCUCCACUGGACCCAUGUCGUGUCGACCCUUCGAAGGGGUACUGUCCUCUGUCAGGCCGUCUGGCGCGGCCGACGCCAGCGCCGAGUCUACCGUAGCCGACUGGCUUGGCUGACGGACCGGCCUGUCUGUCUGCCGGCCUGUCUGCGGCUCCAGCGGGCCUGGCGGCGACGCGUGUGUCGGCGCCAGUUGAAGACGGCCUCCGGGAUUCGAGCUCAUCGCCAGCACGGCCUCGUUCGGUUGCAGGCCGCCUGGCGAGGCCGUCAGCUGCGCUGCGGACUCGUCGAGCUGCUGCUGCUGCCUCUGAUGGCGACGGCCGCGUCGAGGCUGCGUCUCCUUCGACGUGUCGCACUGCAGCCGGUCUCGGCUCGAUUCGCCGCCGCCAGCCUCGCACCCGAGGCCGACUGUCUGGCUCGUCUCGAGGUGCUUCGUCUUGGUCUGGCUCGACGAAUGCUGCCUCGAGUCCGCCGUCGAGUCCACCAUCGAGUCCCGGCACCGAUGCUGAUUGGCCGCGAUCGCAGUCGCGUCUACUCCGGCCUCCUCUACCAACUCUACGCCAGACCCGAUCUGCUCGCCGUCGCCGUCUCCACGUGCGCCGGCUGCGAGUCCGCGCCGGGAGCCGAGUUCUGGCGGCGUGACGUACUCGCGGAAACCCUGUUCGGCCCACAACCGCGCCUCACUCCACUCGGUCUCGCCCUCGAGCGAGUCUGUCUGGCCGUCUUCCGGUACGGCGCAUGCCCAGCCGGCCGGGCUCGCCUCCACUUCUUGAUCGCACGACUGAUGCACGCCGAUUUGGCCUUCCUGCGUCGCCAAACACACAUCCGAAAUCACACCCAACAUCAAACCCAGCUUUACAUCCAACAUCAGGACCAGCAUCAUACCGAAAAUCACACCCAACCUCAAAUCAAGCAUCACAAGAACCCUCAGGCCGACAGUGAUGACGUCGACCUGCCCGACUUGACCAAACUGCCUCUGUUGAUGUUCGCGCUUCGACUCGCCGUCAGUCUGGCCCGUCUCAUUCAAGUCGGCGCCGGUCGAGACUGGCCGACCGCUUGCAAAUAA